AUGGCCUCGCGCUUUUCUGUCAUUUUCUCUCUUGCCGCCCUCAUGCGUGCUGGCUUGCUGCUGUACGGCAUCUACCAAGACAACCACUCGGCCAUGAAGUAUACGGACAUCGACUACAUGGUCUUCACCGAUGCCUCACGCUUUGUGGUCGAAGGUCAGUCGCCGUAUCAACGAGAUACAUAUCGCUACACACCGCUGCUUGCGUGGCUCUUACUGCCGACGACAUGGCAACCCAACUGGGUCUGGUUCUCAUUUGGAAAGGUACUCUUUGCCAUUGCAGAUCUCGUGACUGGAUGGCUACUAUUACUAGUUCUUCGGACCGAGUUUCCAGCAAUGUCAGAGAAGUCUCGGCUCACAUAUGCAAGCAUAUGGUUAUUGAACCCCAUGGUCGCAACGAUCAGCACGCGUGGUAGCUCUGAGGGUCUGUUGGGAGCCAUGGUUAUGGCUCUUCUCUGGGCAGUACUGAAUCAUCACAUUGUUCUUGCGAGCUUCCUCUUGGGCUUUGGGGUGCAUUUCAAAAUCUACCCUUUCAUCUACGCUCCUAGCAUAAUCUGGUUUCUCUCCGCCAAGACCAGCAGCAAAUCGAGCACAUCUGCGCCAACUGUGUUCAACCAGGUCCUUAAUUUUGUUACUUUCGAUCGUAUCAAAGUUGCUGUUACUUCGCUUCUCACUUUUGCCGUGUUUAAUGCUUGGAUGUAUGCACUCUAUGGCCAUGAUUUCAUCCAGCAUACCUAUCUUCAUCACCUUACGAGAAUCGAUCAUCGACACAACUUUUCCCCCUAUAAUACCCUAUUGUAUCUGUCAGCUGCCACUGAUACCCAAAGCCAAGAUAUUAAGUUCGAAUCGGUGGCGUUUAUUCCGCAGCUACUUCUUUCGGCGAUCGCCAUUCCACUUGCUCUCGCAAAGAGGUCAUUACCCGGUGCGAUGCUAGCGCAAACGUUUGCUUUUGUCACGUUUAAUAAAGUUUGUACGAGUCAGUAUUUCCUAUGGUAUCUUGUUUUCCUACCACUCUACCUCCCAUCAUCGUCAUUCAUUCGCAAUCCACUCCUAGGUAUAGGCGCCUUGGUUAUGUGGGUGCUCUUUCAGGCAUUCUGGCUCCAUCAAGCUUUCCAGCUAGAGUUCAUGGGCUUUUCAACCUUCCUCCCGGGCUUAUGGUGUGCGGGUCUGGGUUUUUUCCUCGUCAACUCCUGGAUUUUGGGUAUUAUUGUAUCUGACGUUGGUGGGAAUGCGCUCCUUCAACAAGGAAAAGAAAAGAGGAGGAAAACUGCUUGA